UUUCAUGUGAAAUGAAAGCUCAGGCAGAACCGUGAUUAUAAACGGUUAUGGCCGCCGCCUUAGCAUUGCUAAUGCAUUAAAACUAGCAUUAAACUGAGUAAAAAUAUGACUUUGAUCCUUUAAUAAUUGAUAAAGCCUUGGAGUCUGUAGAGACAGUGCGGGAUGCUGCAUCGUAAUGGGAAAUCUUUUUGGCAAAAAGAAACGAAGUCGAGUCACAGAACACGACAGAGCUGUUUUGCAACUGAAGCAGCAGAGAGAUAAACUGAAGCAGUAUCAGAAAAAGAUCACACUGCAGCUAGAGAAGGAGAGACAGCUAGCCAAGCAGCUGUUGAAAGAUGGCAAGAAGCAGAAGGCUGUCCUGUUGCUUAAGAAGAAACGCUUCCAGGAACAACUUCUGGACAAGACUGAGAACCAGAUAAGCAACCUUGAGCGUAUGGUUCAAGACAUUGAGUUUGCACAGAUAGAGAUGAAGGUGAUCGAAGGACUGAAGGUUGGCAAUGACUGCCUAAAGAAAAUGCAUGAGAUGAUGUCUAUAGAAGAAGUGGAGAGGAUCAUGGAUGAGACCCAGGAAUCCAUUGAGUACCAAAGGCAAAUCGAUGACAUUCUGGCAGGGUCUCUGACUCAAGAAGAUGAGGAUGCUGUAUUAGCAGAGCUUGAGGCUAUCACUCAGGGAGAUGUUGAGCUUCCUGAGGUGCCUGAUGAGCAGUUACCAGAGAUUCCAGAUCAAGAGCCAGAGCGGGAGAAAGAAAGGGUGAAGAAGAAGCCAGAGAGAGAGCUGUUGGCUUUGUAGAGCCUCAUCAAUGCACUUUUAUAUUGUUCCUGUAACUCCCAGGUGUAGAAGAAAAGAGACUUGUCAGGACCCCCCCCGCCAUACCACAGUGUCCAAUGGAAAAGCGUUCGAUUCUCUUUUGUGUAUUUGUCCGAUAUGAAAGGUUUUUUUUUUCCCUACUAUUACUUACCAUUACUUUCUUAACUUAAUACAUCACUGUUAACCUUAAACUCUUCGGCUGAUACUUUUUAAUCUUAACUUUGCGGUCUAUUAUAAUCUAACCCUAUAUGGAAACCUUCUUGGUAGGUAUAAGGCACUUUGUUCCCUUUCAGAUCAAUAGGGAAGCAUUUCAUGUAUUUAAUUAUGUUUCUGACUUGUAAUAAAUUACAUAUGAGACAUUAUCUUGUCAGGUUUCUAGGCUGAUAAAUGUUCUGUAAAAGCUCCUUCACUUUAUUACCUUUGUAAACAGGUCCUUAGAAUACUCUCCUGCUUUAGGAGCAUUGUGUCUUGGAUUAGGUGGUUGUAUUCCUGUUCAGAGUAAUCUCCCCAUUUUAAUGUUCUUAACAUCACCAACGAAUGCUGACAUACUUCAAUUUUUUUUUCUUUUUUUUUCUUUCUGAUUUACUUGAGCCUUUUUCCCGGGCGCAAAAUGUAUUUUUUAAGAAACUGCAAUCAUAUCAAAGUGAGUCCUUCCCCAGCGUACACAAGCGAAUAAAUAGACUUUUUUUUUCUCUGUGAUGUAUCUCUAUUUUGUUGGACUGUAUUCAGCUGCUUUGCUCUCAGUGCUGCCCAGCAUAGUCUUAAAGGUCUGAUUCUACAAUUUAAUUUUAAUAUUUUGCAACAAUAAAAUUAUUUUUAAUCA